UCGCCUAUUCAGCCUGCUCGCAUGCAGCAGUCAGCCAUAUGCAGCAAUAUGGUAUUGUUAGGAUACCUUACUGUACAUUUCAAACCACGCCUUCGCGACAUCAGCUUUCAAAUCUACGGCGUGGUUGUGGAGGGAUCGACAGAGGCCCUUCAGCUUACCAAGGCAGACUCAAAGGAUGGGUCAAGGCCAGACAGCCUGCAUCAGUUACGGCGCGUGCCCUUGCAAGAGCGUGUGUUCGCUUUGCAUCCUUUCUUGCCCGACUAAUGUUGUCUUCUUCUCCUUCGCAGAAUAUCUAGCUUUAAU